CCUGAUCACCUUAGGCCAGAGUGUUGUGAUGGUACUGAGUGUGAGCAGGUUCAGAUAUAUCCUGAAGCUAGUACCUGUAAAGUAUUUGCCAACAGAGACGUAAACGACCGUCCGAGCAGCUAACGAGCCACGAAGAGGAUAAUAGUAAAAGUAACACUGAAAAUACAUUGUGAAUCCGCCUUUGAACACCGAACGCCACAGCCAGGGCGUCGGAAUGUUCACGAACUUAAAACAAUAACAAUUAACAAACGUUUUAGUUGACAGUCACUCGGUUCUGUGCAGUAGAGGAGACACCUUAAUAUAAACUAGUCAUAAAAAAUAAGAAGUGAUGAUCGUUUGGCCUGGGACGAGCAGAAAGAAGCUACCAUCCUUAAGCUCAUUGGUGGAAGAAGCCAACAAAGCCCAGAAGACUGUGAGGGGUAAAUUUUUUGGAGUGAAAGUUGUGAACUCUUGGAAACAAUCUACCAGAGAGUGUUGUAACGGCACCGAGUGUGAGCUGCCUUGACCAACACUGGAGCAGGUUCAGAUAUAUCCUGUAGCUAGUACCUGUAAAGUAUUUGCCAACAGUGUGUAACAGAGACGUGACUGAUCGCCCAGGCAGCUAACGAGCCUAUCAGUGGUGAAGAGGAUGACAGAAGAACAGUUGACAUCUCAUAUACUAUAUAUCUUCUUCCUUUAGAUAAAUGAUGAGUAGCACGGACUCCAGCGAUGACCAUGCUCUAGCUGACACUGUUCCCUUAGGCAGAGGCGUCUUAGGCAUGGAUCAUUCUCUCCAGCGAUCACUAGCAACCUACCGCUAUGAGAACGCUCUUGUUAAGACGGAACUGUCUGCUGCCUUAGAGAGACAUGCUCGGGAAAUGGAAGAACUUAGACUUAAAUAUGAAACUCUGAUGAAGGGAAAUGAAAGGCAACGAUUAGCAACUGAGAAAGAGCUUUCUGAAGUUCAAGAUACACAAGCAGAGAAACAGUGGAGGUUACAACAGACCAAUCUUCAGCUGCAGCAGAAGAUCAAGGUGUUAGAGGAAGAUGUGGAAGCUGGUAAUAGAACCCAAGACAAACUGAUGAAGGAGAAGACCCAAGUUGAGGAGGAGUUACAGCAGCACAAACUUUCACACCAGACUAAACUUCAGGCUAUCAAGCAAGAAAAAAACCAGCUGAGUGAGACUGUUGAUGUGUUACGUGGGGAGCUGGACAAGGAGCGAACCACAGUGAGAGAAUUAACUACGACCCUUAACUCUGAGAGGCAUCAACAGCAGCUUAUUAAGAGUCGCCUUUCAGAAGUAGAACAGCAGUGUCGAGUACAGCUAACAGCAGCUCAAAAUGAAGCUGCUCAGCUCCGGCGAGGUAAAGAUAAAGAAGCCGCGACAGCCACUCAACGUAUUAAUGAACUGAUGAGCAUUGUAGAGGAAGAGAAAGCAGCAGUUAUCAGAGUCAAGGAACGAGCAGCAGCCAAAGAGUUAGAUUUGGAAAAACGCAUUGCUGAAGAGAGACAAUCACAUCUAUCAAGUUCACACCAACUUGCACAGCAAAACUUCCAGAUGCAAGAUCAUAUUAAGGCUCUUGAGGCUGAAGCAAACAAUGCAGAACAAAACAAAGACACCAGAGUGACUGAAAUCCAGGCUGAGGUCUGGCAAGCAACAGAGAAAUUUCACAGUGUGGAGAGAGAGAAGGUGGUGCUUGAGGCCAGACUGGCUUCCCUGGAGAGUAUGGAAGGACUGCUGCGUCGGGAGAAAGAAGAAUGUUCAACCCUACGUCUGGAGCUUCACCAGCAGCAGUCUGAGGUACAAGAGCUUAAGACUCUCAGUGGUGAACUUCAGCAACACAUUCAACAGCUCAAGGACAAACUGCGUGAAGCGCAAAUUCAGCAAGAUUUGGUGAAGGAAGAGUCUAGGAAAUGCCGAGAACUUGGAGACUGUCGUUUGGCAGACCUACGAGCCUCUCAUCAGGCGGAACUAGAACAACUGCGUGCCAGAAUCUCAACAUUGGAAGCUCUUCUUACUGACAAGAGCAACAAGUACCUAGAGGAGUGUAAUCACCUUAAGCAGAAAGUUCAAACUUAUGGACGAUUAAUUAAGAAACUGAGGUAUAAGCUGGAAAUUGGAGAAGUUCAAGUUGAGCAGCUGGAGGCUCAGCGUAAUGCUUUGCAAGAUAAUGUUCCUGCACAUGUUUACAGGCGACUUCAAAGCCAACUGCAAGAUGUAACAAGAAAACACAACGAGUUUGCAGCAUUUAUCCGUGGUUUAAGCGAAUUUCAGAGCACUCUACCAGAGGUAAGAAGUUUAUCUUGAUCAUAAUACUGUAGGUCUAAAAUGAAUUUCAGUUAAGUUAAAGCUCAAUACAGUACUAUAAAGUAUAUACAGGUAAUCUUCGACUUACGACAAGCCGGACAUACGACCGCUGUGGUCGUAUAAAAUAUUUUUCAAAUU